GGUUAGCAAGAUGGAGGCGCGCAGUGGUGGUGCUGAGGCGAUGGAGCCCUUUUCCGACGGAGAAGAAAGCGACGAGGCCCCAGAGGAGGUGACUUUCGAGAGGGCGCGGGAGGCGGCUGCGGAGGAGCGCCGGUUGGCGGGGGAGCGGGCCCGCAGAGAAAAGGCCAUAUUGAAAGAAAAGAGACGACAUAGAGAAGAACUAUUUAAGGAACAAAAGAAAAGAAAGCUGCUUCCUGAAAAUGUCUUGGAGGAGUUGGCAUCCACACAGAACAGCACCAAUUCGACAUCUGAGGACCAAGAUCAGAAUGUUGAAGAUGAAGUUGAAAAUCAAGACGAUUCAGAAAAAGAGAGUGAAGAAGACAUUUUAGCAACCAGAUGCCCCCCAAAUUACAUGGCUGUACGGUUAGAAGACCAGGAGCUAACCGAUCAACAGCAACAGGAUGCCAAAAACUUUAUACAGAAACAUCUUUAUGGAGCAAGCUGCAAUCGAACUACUGCAAAUCAAUAUUUUUCGGUUGGAAACAAGAAAAAUGCAGUUAAAAGAGCUGCGAUCCAGUUUGUGAAUAAAUCUUGGGGUAAAGUAAAAAAAGAAAAAGCUACUCGAUUUACAAAACAUUGGGUAUCUUCAAAAGUAAUUCCCUGAAAUAUUUUGCUGUUGCUUAUGUACAAUAUCAUUGCAAAAUAUCUUGUAUUUAAAUUAUGUAAUGUCCUUGCUAUUGUUUAUAUAUUAACAUUUUUAUGAUUUAUGUUUUCUUUUAAACCUUUGCAGAGAAUUAAAAAGUAUAACCUUCUGGAAAAUAAUUAGGGUCUUGCAAUGGUAUGUUCCAACUAAAAGUAAUUUUAUCUGGGUCUGUUGAAUUCAGUUGAAAUAAGGUUUGAUUGAAUGAGAAAUCAGUUUCUUAAAUAUUUUGAUACUCUUUUUGCUAAAAUAAUUUUUAACAAAAAUGAUUUUUAACUCUCCAACAUAUGUAACUUGACUUACUACUGUACCCACAAUGUGUUUUUUGAAAGUACAUUCCAGCUGUAAAAAGAAGAUAUAUCUUGAAAUAAUUUGUAUAUAGGUUUGCAAAAAUGGGAAAUAUUAAUAAAACAUAAAACAUUGAA